AUGUCCCCCGUAUUCAAGAAGGACGAGGAGCUUUCGAGCUCUGAAAAGUAUGGCACUACCGACGUCGCCGUCGGCUACAUGGGCGACGAGAAUGCCAUACACUCCGACGAGCUCACAAGGGGCACCGGCUUCGUUGGCCGCCUAAAGGCAAUCGGCGCCAAGCUGGGUGUCGAGCAGCGCGGUAUCGAGCGCGUGCCUAGCGAUGAACGGACUGACACGAGCAUGUCCUCGGUCGGCACUCUCUGGCUCUCUGCCAAUAUGGUGGUGUCUUCGUUCGCAAUUGGUGCUCUGGCCCAGCCCGUAUUCGACUUGGGCUUUGUCGACACGGCCUUGACGAUCAUCUUUGUCAACAUUCUCAGCAUCACUCCUGUCUGCUUCUUCUCCAUGUUCGGUCCUCGCUUUGGCCUGCGCCAGAUGGUCUUGUCCCGCUUCUUCUUUGGCUACCAGUCCGGCAAGAUUAAUGCAGUCGCCUUCUUCAAUAUCCUGGCCUGCCUGGGCUGGUCAUCCGUGAACGUCAUUGUCGGUGCCCAGCUGUUUCAUGCCGUCAACAACGACAUGCCUGGUUGGGCCGGUAUUCUGGUCAUUGCCAUUUCGACGCUGCUGAUCUGCUUCUUCGGUUACCGUGUCGUUCACUUGUACGAGCGCUAUUCGUGGAUUCCCUGCUUCAUAAUUUUUCUCAUUGUUGCUGGCGAGUUCGGCCACUCUGGAAAGUUUAACAACAUGCUGCCUCUUGCGUCUGGUCCCUCUGAAGCUGGCGCUGUCCUGUCCUUUGCCGCCUCGGUCUACGGCUUCGGUACCGGUUGGUGCUCGUAUGCGGCGGACUACACCGUCUACCAGCCUGUGGAUCGGUCGCGCAAGUCCAUCUUCCUCUGGACCUUUGCCGGUCUGUUCUUUCCGCUCAUCUUCACUGAGCUUCUCGGUGCCGCCAUCAUGACGGCUUCCGUCAACGACCCGGCAUACUCGCAGGCUUACUCGGACUCCGGCAUCGGCGGCUUGCUCACCACCGUGCUCGUCCCGCCCUUGGGCCGCUUCGGCAAGUUUUGCGUCGUCAUCCUCGCCCUGUCCAUCAUUGCCAACAACUGCCCCAACAUCUACUCUGUGUCGCUGUCGCUGCAGGUUCUUGCUAAGCAGACUGAACGCCUGCCUCGCUUCUUCUGGGUUCUCAUUGGCACCGGUAUCUACAUCGCCAUCUCCAUCCCGGGUUACAGCCAUUUCGAGUCGUGGCUCGAAAAUUUCAUGUUGAUUAUCGGCUACUGGCUCGCCAUUUACGAGGGUAUUUCGCUGUCGGAGCACUUUAUUUUCCGCCGUGGAUUCUCUGGGUACCACCCAGAGGACUAUACAGAUGCAAGCAAGCUGCCGCCUGGCAUCGCCUCAAUCAUCGCCUUUGGCUUUGGUAUUAUGGGCGCUAUUCUAGGCAUGUCCCAGGUGUGGUUUACCGGUCCGAUCGGCAAGCUGUGCGGCGGUGAUUUCGGUGGUGACGUCGGCUUCGAGCUGGCUUUCGCGUUUGCGGCUGUGUCGUAUAUUGGUAUGCGGGCGGUGGAAAAGAGCUACUUCAAGCGCUAA